GGUUUUAAGAUGUUGGUAUGAGCUUGCAGUGAAGUUGGCUACAUAUCUGACUACUUUCGUUCCCUUCCGGUUCGCUCUGUCGGGGUGACUGUGUCUUAUUUAGUUUAGCUGUAAUUAAAUCUUUCUCCAUCUUCCACCAUGAGAAUCUACAAAGAUAUUUUCACCGGUGAUGAGAUGUUCUCUGACACCUAUAAGAUAAAAUUGAUUGAUGAUGUUCUGUACGAAGUAUAUGGCAAGACCGUUACUCGUAAAUCUGGAGACAUAGAAAUUGCUGGAUUUAAUCCGUCAGCAGAGGAAGCUGAUGAAGGUACAGAUGAAGUAGUGGAGAGCGGUGUUGAUGUUGUCUUAAAUCAUAGACUUCAAGAAACUUUUGCAUUCAAUGAUAAGAAAUCUUAUACUCUCUACCUAAAAGAUUACAUGAAAAAACUAGUAGCAAAGUUGGAGGAGAAAGCACCCGAUCAAGUGGAAGUUUUUAAGACGAAUACAAAUAAAGUUAUGAAAGACAUUUUGGGUCGUUUCAAAGAUUUACAAUUUUUCACCGGUGAAUCUAUGGAUAUCGAUGGCAUUGUUGGAUUAAUGGAAUACCGUGACAUUGAUGGUGAAUCCGUGCCUGUACUCAUGUUUUUCAAACACGGUCUUGAAGAAGAAAAGUUCUAAAUAAUUCUAGAUAUGCAAUAAAUUACAGAAAAGAAUAUUAUAAACUCAAAUCAAGACUGUACACAUGCUGGAAAGCUGUGAAAUUUAGUUAAAGAGAAACACAAUUUUACUUCCAAUCUCAUGUUUACAAUGCAGUUAAGUUAUUUCUUCUAACAAAAAUAAUCUAUUGACAACAGUAUCAGAGAAAGUAAUAAUUGUAUAUAUGACGUGACUGAUAAGAAAAAUAAUAUAAGAAUGCUCCCUCAAUGGAAUUCUAUUUGAUUCACCAUGCUGUUUGUAAUAUUAUUUUCUACCUACUUUUUUUAUUCAAUAUUAUUGGAAUCUUUUAUUUAUGAGGAAAAACAAUGGAAGAUGGGGAAAGAACUUUGCAGCUGUGGAAAUAUCAAAGUAUGUUUGUAAUUACUGUUAACAUCAAGGAUUGUCAGUGAAUAAUAAAUAUAUAAGAAACAUACUCUGUAUCAUGACCAUC